CCAAAGAAAAGGACUGAACCUUAACGUAUGACAUAUAUUAACAAGGUAUGCAUUGCAGAUAAAAAACCGAAACGUCCCUCACAACAUUGUGCACAUCAGAUCUGAUCUACCUGUAUUUUAAUGGACAGAGGAAGAGGAAGAGGAGGAAAAAGAGGAGGCAGAGGGAAGCGUAGUGAGGAGGACAAAGAUGUUCAUCUGUCUAAAUCCAUGUCUUAUGUGCUUCGUCAUGGAGCCACACAGAUGGGACUUCAAAUGGCCACAGAUGGCUUCCUGUUUGUGGAGGACCUCCUGGCUCACCCACAGUUCCACUUGUACACAUUAGAAGACGUAGAGAGAGUCGUAUCCACAAGUGACAAGCAGCGCUUCAAGCUCCGCUCCCACCCAGAGGAUGGCCGGCUGCAGAUUCGGGCCAAUCAGGGACAUUCACUACAGGCAGGCAGAGCAGACACGUUCCUAAUUAAAUCGCAUUCAUUUAAGUUUAGUAUGUAAUUCCAAUUGACAACAAACGUAGUUUUCAUGAUGAAAAUUAAACGCAUUUACAAUUA